ACCGCAGCGGCCGCCGCCUGCAGCUGCUGCAGAUGCUGGUGCUGCCGUUCGUGCCGGUGCUCGCGCUCAUCGUGCAGACCUCGCUCAGCCUGCGCGACACGCUCGUCGACCGCCAGGAGGUCGGCGACAUAGAGGCGCAGGUGACAAUAGCCACGGACCUGGGCAAACUGGUGACCAGAAUACAGCAGGAGCGCUCAGAAGUGGCCUUCUACAUCUUCACCAACGGCAGCACACUCAGGUCCAACCUGACGCAGCGCUUCCUGGUGACGGAUGAGGCGCUUGCAGCCAUGGACUCGUGGCCCACAGUCUCGUUGCCGGGCUUUGAGGGGGAGCUCAACAAGUCCUCCUUCAUCAACAGACUCAUAGAGUUCAGGCGGAAGACCUACUCAGACGAGAGCACGCUGCCCGAGGUGCUCCACUGGUACACGUCUGUGAACGCCGCCAUGUUGGAGCACCUCACCAACCAGAUCAAGGAGACGGACAGCAGUGGUGUCUGGAGGUAUCUGAUAGCAUUCAAGAACCUGCUGCGCAGCAUAGAGAACAUGGGCAUCGCCAUGGUGUACGGUAUUAACUACUACGGCCGUGGGCCGCUGGUCGGCAACAACUACAUCGAGUACGUGCGGCACGAGGCGAUCGGCAACGACCUGCUGCACUCUUCCUUUAACUACGUGCCUUCCAUAGGCAAAAAGUACGACCAGCUCACCGCCCAAAUGGAGGACUACAGCGGUAUUCAAAAGAGGAAGAAAGAAAUCUUUGGUAAUAAAAAGCGACAACAGAGUGUGGACGAAGCCAUAGAAUACUUCGACAAUAUGGCCUCCUAUGUGGACGAACUGCGGAAGUUGCAGAGAGAGCUCAGAGUGAUGAUCAGGCAAUAUGUGGGGAUGAGCAUUUCGGACGCCAACCGCAAGGAGGCAUACGGCAUUGCGCUACUGGUGCUGGUACUCAUGGUCUCCCCCGUCAUCAUCGUGCUCGUACGCAACGCCGUCGCCACUAUACAGAUGUACUCGACACACCUGGCGCAGAAGGCGCGCGAACUGAAGCGCGAGAAGCGGAUCAGCGACAUGCUGCUGUGCCAGAUGCUGCCGCCCAGCGUCGCCCAGCAGCUCAAGAGGACCCGACAGGUUCCGGCGGAAUUUUACGCAGCGGUGACUGUGUACUUCAGUGACAUCGUGGGCUUCACUGAGAUAGCAGCCAUUAGCUCCCCUCUUGAGGUAGUCACUUUUCUGAACUCCAUCUACAAGCUGUUCGACGCUCGCAUAGAGUGCUACGAUGUGUACAAGGUGGAGACCAUCGGUGACUCUUACAUGGUGGCAUCUGGGCUACCCGUCAAGAAUGGCGACAAGCACGUGACCGAGGUGGCGACGAUGGCGCUGGACCUGCUGGCGGCCGCAGCACUCUUCCCAGUGCCGCACCGGCCCGGAGAGACGCUGCAGAUCCGCUGCGGCGCCCACACGGGGCCCGUCGUCGCCGGCAUCGUCGGCUCCAAGAUGCCGCGCUACUGCCUCUUCGGCGACACCGUCAACACCGCCUCGCGCAUGGAGUCCACCGGCGAAGCAAUGAGAAUCCACAUCAGUCUUGAAAUGAAGCAGGCCCUGGAUGCUGUUGGAGGUUUCCGCACAGAGCACAGAGGACUUGUCGAUGUCAAGGGCAAAGGUUUGCUCGACACUUAUUGGCUGACGUGCAAAGAAGGAGGCAUCUCUCGAUCAGCACAUCUCAGCACAUAUCUUACAGAUACACAGCCAGUGUUCAUGAGACGUCUCAGAGAUGACACUUAUAUUUGAUGGAUUAUGGAAAGAACUGCCAGUAAUUUUAAUAUUACUAUGAUGAACCAUUAUGAAACUGUAAACAGUUUAAAUCCAAAGGUUUGGCAUGUCUUAUAGAGAAAUCAUGAAACAAUUACUUUUCCUGCCAAUCCUUUCUUACAACAUAUGUUUUGUGUAAGAAAGAGCAUAUCUACCAUUUUAACAAUGUCAU